AUGUUCAGUUCCAGCGCGAAAAUCGUGAAGCCUAAUGGCGAGAAGCCGGACGAGUUCGAGUCGGGCAUCUCCCAGGCCCUCCUGGAGCUGGAGAUGAACUCGGACCUCAAGGCCCAGCUGCGGGAGCUGAACAUCACGGCCGCCAAGGAAAUUGAGGUUGGUGGCGGUCGGAAAGCUAUCAUAAUCUUCGUUCCUGUUCCUCAGCUGAAGUCUUUCCAGAAGAUCCAGGUCCGGCUCGUGCGGGAGCUGGAGAAGAAGUUCAGCGGGAAGCACGUUGUUUUUAUCGCGCAGAGGAGAAUUCUGCCUAAGCCAACUCGAAAAAGCCGUACAAAAAAUAAGCAAAAACGUCCCAGGAGCCGCACUCUGACAGCCGUGCACGACGCCAUCCUGGAGGACUUGGUUUUCCCAAGUGAGAUUGUGGGCAAGAGGAUCCGCGUGAAGCUGGACGGCAGCCGACUCAUAAAGGUUCAUUUGGAUAAAGCACAGCAGAACAAUGUGGAACACAAGGUUGAAACGUUUUCUGGUGUCUAUAAGAA